GGGGGCGGAUGACAGAGGCAGGAUGGUUUAUAGGGAGCUGGAGCUCAGGAAGCUGCAUCCCAGCUGCAGAGAUUGCUUAAUUCCAGCUGCACCAGAGGCACUGGCUGGGUCCCUUUCCCAGGGUAGGUCGGUGCAUUUGGGACCAGUCUCGAGGUCACAUCCACCUUCCCCGCCCCACCGCACAGGGACACGCCAAGCCCAGUGACCAUGCGGCCCACAGUGUCCAUCGCUCUGAUCCUUGUGGCUUUGACGGUCCUGGCAGACUCUGCUCAGGUUGAACCGACAGAGCCAACCCUGACCCAAAAGUUUGAGAAGUUCCAGAACAAGCUGCAGGCCUUUGCUGAGAGCAUUGCAGAUAAAACCAAAGCUGCCUUCCAAGAACUGCAUCACAGGGAGUUCAGCGAAAAGGCCCGGAACUGGUUCUCUGAGCAGUUCCAGAACUUAAAGGAGAAGUUCAAUGAGAAGUUUUCCAGUGACUGAUCUGACUGAGACGGUUUUUCUGCAAAGCGCACAGGCAAUUCCUGGGGUACUGGUCCCCUUGAAGAGAUCAUGCUGGGAGGGGAACCCAGAGUUGACACCCAAGUUCUGGUUUUCUAUUGCUUUUGUUGUAGCCAUGAAUAAAUGCUCAUUGCCUUA